AUGACUGAGGAGACUCUUGCUCAUGUGGAAGAUGUUCGGGUAGUCAGACAUUUUCCUAAUGUUUUUUCUGACGAUUUACCUGGCCUACCAUCGGAUCGUGAAAUGGAGUUCACCAUCGACCUAAUUCCAGGUGCCAAUCCUGUCAUACAAGUUGCAAUAGGCAACUCCAACUCUGUGGGCGGUGAUAACGGCAGUGGUGGUGAUUGUAGUGCUAUUGGCGAUAACAAUGACAAUGAUGCUGGUGUUGAUGAAGGCAAUGAUAUAAGGUUGGUUGUUGCAGUCGUAGGUGGUGGUAAUGACUAUGGUUGCAAUGGCAGUGACAGUAGUAAUGGUAGUGGCUGUGGGGCUGACGGUGGUGGUGGUGAUAACAAGAAUAAUUGUAAAGGUAUAGUGGUGAUGUGA